AUGACUACUGUACCAGCAAUUACGCGAUCUGGUUCACGCGGCUCUGAUCAUGAGCUGUCAUAUGCAUCUCCUCUGGUCAUCCGAAUGAAAGGUCAUAAUCCGGACAGAGAGUCUCUUGAGAGACACAACAGCAAGCGUCGAAGUGGAAGUCUUAAUGACGAGGACGGUAAACUUGGGGAUGAUGGACGCAAGCGUCGCUCCGGUGGAAGUAGCGACGAUGAGGGCCGAUUGACCCACGACAACCUCCACAAUGAGGAUCUUCGCGUCGGGGGGCCAUACUUGUGCUCCAUUCCCACAGCGAGUAUACCCGUCCCCACAAAUCAUCCUAAAUUUCGGUUGACAUGCCUUGAAACUGAUGAAGGAUGGGAACUCGCGAUGAAAAUCAUUAAGAUCACCGACAAGUACCAUCUCAAACAAAAGGGUGUCAAGUUUUCUUUUAUGGGGAGGAAGUCUUUUAUCAACCCUGAGCCAGAGCCCUGUUUAACUCUGUACAUCUUGGCAGAGAGGGAGAUCGUGGAUGACACCUGGCUGGAAUGCGCUCGAGAGCUAAGGGCUCUCUUAAUUGGCAAUAACCUCUCUUCUUGUUCCGUGGAAAUUGCCGAUCCAUUGGCGUUCAUGCCAAUGAAUACGUAUCCUGUUCUUCAGAGAGACAAAGUCUUCUGGAACUGGGAGCCUCUCCUGCAAGAACUCUUACGUCAACUGGACCUAACGGCAAUUCGAUUCAUCGGUUGCUUCAGACGUGGGAGAAGCACCACGCUUCUGGAGUGUUCACCAACCCUCCUAAUAGUGGUCGAUCGCAGCCAGGACUGGAGGGAAACCCGAGAGAAAGUUGUUUCUAUUCUGAAGAGGUGGCAUCUCCAAAUGCUGGCCGUUGAAAUUGUUAAGGAUAGGCGGGUGUAUCAGGCGCGCACAGGGAUCAGCACUGGCCUUCUCGAAGGAAUUUUGAAGAAUAAUGGCCAAACUAUGGCCACCGAGUCCAUUGCGUCAUCUCAAAUCAAAGACGGUAUUGGUACUCUGGGCUGUUUCCUGGAUCUCAAAAGCCCAAAGUCUGACGACUGGAGGACCUUUGCGUUAACGUGCUGGCAUGUCGUGGUACCCCCUUUUGAUGGUCUCUCUCCCACGGAUAAAGAACUAAUCGCGAAGUGGAACAAAAAUGGCGUCCUGCCAGGCCCCAACCACACGGAUACUAAACGCCUGCUUGCCGUUGAUCAUCCCACCCGCCUCGCCUACAAAGAGGAGCUACCAGAGAUGGAGGAGGCAAUUACAACCACUGAAUCUUUGAUCGCUAUCGCGUUGCCUACGAAAAAUGUCUUAUCCAGCAUCCAGAAGCAAAAGCAUGACCUUCAGGCCUUCCGUGAUUGUUUUCAAAAUGGCCAUCAACUACUUGGAGCUGUGUUUGCUGCCUCGAGCUUUAAACAAAAGGCCUGUGGCCUUACAAAAGAUGUCAAAAGUCAUCCUACCAGUCUUGACUGGGCCCUUGUUCGCGCAAUGCCUAAUCGCCAGCCAUCCAACAAGUUCGACGAAAGACCCGGUACUCUCCCCCUGAGGUUCGCCCCGAGUUCAAUUUUACAAAGCCAAGAGAUGCACGGGGCGACAGUUUCCAUGCACGGUUAUCGCUCUGGGAGAACAAAUGUGGUUUACAAUGGACUUAGUGUUGCCUACAUUGAAGUCGAAAUGGUCGAGGGAGUUAUCACCACGGACAUCACCCUUGAGUAUUCCGUACAGGGCCUCAACCCCAAUGGUGAGCCUUUCUCUGUGCGAGGGGAUUCCGGCGCAAUGGUCGAGUACAAAAAGAAAAUACCGACCAGCAAAACACCGGCCAUCACCGAGAGGUGGAUUGUCGGUAUGGUAUUUUCGGGUUUGGAGAAAGAAAAUAUCACAAACAUCACGCGAGCGGAUAUUUUGCUCGAUGACAUCAAGGAGAACACUGGCGCGGCAGAUGUGAGGCUUUUCUCGCCAGUAGGGUUACUUUGA